AUGUUUAAAGGAUGUUUGACAAAAUUUCAACAACAUCCAAAACUUAAACAAUUAUUAUUAUCAACUGGAGAUCGUACUUUAGUUGAACAUACAAUAAAUGAUUCUUAUUGGGGAGAUGGAGGAGAUGGUUCAGGAAGAAAUCAAUUAGGAAUAACUUUAAUGAGAGUUAGAGACUAUCUUAAACAAUAGUCAACAUAUUUCAUAUAUAUCAAUACGUAAACUUUCCUUUUUUUGUGAUACAAUGAAUCUUUAUGACAUAAAAUAUAAUUUGUAUUUUCUUUUACAUAGAAGAACAGUUAAAUAAGUGAAAAUGUUUUAAUAAAAGUCACAUGCUUCAUCAUAAAUAUUUUACGCAUAAAUAAAGAUCAUACUUUAUCUUCUAAUGCUUCUGAGAACAAAUAUUUAUUCUUCUACACAAACGGAAUAGAUUAGCUUGAAUAUCAACGUUAUUAUAUUUACUUGUUUAUGUCACAUGCUUUGUUUUUUUUUCUCUUUUCUAAAACAGUCAUUGGAUAUUUAAUGGAUUUUUUGAUAAGAACAGUAUAAGUGGAUGAUAAUUUUUUGUUUUAAUGUGAGUGAAUUACAAUUGGUAAGUAAUUCUCAUAGAUUUAAUGAAUAUAAUUGAGCGUUGCUCGUAUUGAAGAAAAAUACCUUGUAACAAUGUUUGUAUACACAUUCAAUCGACAUAAGUAAUUAUACGAAUGAAUAUGAUUAAAUAUUUAUUGAUCAAUCUGUAAAUUAAAUAAUCAAUAAUUUAUCAGAUCAAGGAGGAAGUUCAAUUUGCAAUGAUUUCAAUUGUUUGAAAAUAUUAAUUUUUUGUAAAUAAGUAAUAUACUCAGAUUUAGUAUUAGAUUUAUAUGAUAUACAAAACUUGAUGACGUUUACUUUGUAAAUAGAUUUCAUUGUAGAAAGUAACAGAGUACAAUGCAAACAUAAAAAUAAUUACAUCAUUAUACCUCAACGAAAAUUUUAUAUCUCACUUUAAAAGAUCGCUGAUUUAAAUGUAUGGCAUGAAUACAAAACAGAAAAUUUGACAUUCGAUCAUGUUACAGUUUCGAAUACUUAACUAUGAUCGAAUAUUU